CUUCUUUCUCCCCCUUCUCCCAUUCCCUUCUUUAUAUCUUUACUCUGCCCACAUUUUCUCUUUCAUCCUGCUUCUCAUAUCGUGGAAACACAGAACAAGUCUACAACACACUACACCACUCCAUAAUCUUUGAAAUUACUGCACAAAGGUGAGUGGAAUCACUAUCCGAGAUCCAAUUAAACAUGAAACAUAUGAUUUUUCUACUUGUCACUUUCAAGAUUAUAAAGAAGAAGCUAACAAAGCUACGUGAGAGUAUGGGUUUUCAAACAGCACAUAACACUAAGCUGAUAUCACAACCUGAUUUGAAGGCAAAGGAAGACUCGUGCGAUGGUCUAAUUCCAAGGCCACUAAACUUUACUCAGUUCACUCCCUCUGGUUAUGAUUCGUGGCUGGUAAAGCACCCUUCUGCAUUGAGCUCGUUUGAUAGAUUGAUGAAAGCUGCCAUUGGGAAAAGGAUCGUCGUAUUUUUAGAUUAUGAUGGUACCUUAUCACCCAUUGUAAAUGACCCUGAUCGUGCUUUCAUGUCCGAUGAGAUGCGUGCAGCAGUAUCUGAAGUUGCUACUUAUUUUCCAACAGCAAUAAUCAGUGGAAGAAGCCGAGAGAAGGUAAAAGAUUUUGUGAAGUUAAAUAAUUUAUAUUAUGCUGGGAGUCAUGGUAUGGACAUAAUGGCACCAUCAGGACCAAUUAGAUCUUCUGACGGCAACCACCAAUGCUACAACAACACUCUUGACACAAAUGGCAAUGAAGUUCCAUUUCAACCUGCCAAGAAGUUUUUACCUGCAAUUCAAGAGAUAUUAAGAAAAUUGGAGAAUGUAAUAAAGGACAUAGAAGGUGCAAAAAUAGAAAACAACAGAUUCUGCAUCUCUGUACAUUUCAGGCAGGUUCAUGAAAAGGAUUAUAACAAAUUGGAAGAGAAAGUGAAGUCUGUGCUUGGAAAGAAUCCACUGUUCUGCUUGACUGAGGGUAAAAAGGUUAUGGAAAUAAGGCCAUCAAUAGAAUGGAACAAAGGAAAUGCUGUUGAAUAUUUUCUUGACACAUUAGGAUUAAGCAGUUCCAGCAAUUUCCUUCCUGUAUAUAUUGGUGAUGAUAAAACUGAUGAAGAUGCUUUUAAGGUUAUAAAAAGAAUGGGGCAAGGUUAUCCGAUUAUAGUGUCUUCGACUCCAAGAGAAACCGAUGCUUUGUACUCUCUGCGUGAUCCAUCAGAAGUACUAAUCUUCUUGUCAAGGCUAGCAAAAUGGACGAAGACAUAUUACUCAAGAAGGCCUUUAAAUAUUGGUAAUUAAGAUAAGAUAUAGAAUAUAAAUCAUCAAAGUGAAAGUUUUAGAGUAUGCAUAGUUACUUCCCACAAUGGUUUUUGGAGAAGUGGGUAGGAUACUUGUUACUUAUUUUCCUUCAAUUAGUAGUUGGUUUGUAAAAUAACAUUGUAUAUGUAAUAUAUGUUUCCCUUCUGUAAAAAA